AACCUCUACGUGCUCAACCUGCCGCUCGACGCCACGACGGACCAGCUGACGGCGCUGUUCAGCUCGUACGGCCUCGUCGUCCACUGCGUCAUCCUCGCCAUGCUCGACGCCCAGGCACGCCGCCGCGGCUUCAUCGACAUGGGCGGGCCGGCGGACGCCAAGUGCGCCAUCGAGGGCCUCAACGGCUUCGUCUGGCACGGCUACCCCAUCGAGGUC